AUGGCUGAUAUUGAUGUGGAUUACGUGCUUUCGGAGUUAACUCUCCAAGAAAAAGUUGGAUUGAUCUCGGGUGCUGACUUGUGGCAUACCUAUGCGGUACCAAGACUUGGUGUCCCAUCUGUGAGAGUUUCUGACGGACCCAACGGAGUUCGUGGAACAAAAAUAUUCAAGGGCAUACCCGCAGCAUGCUUCACUUGUGGAACAGGGCUCGCAUCCACCUUUAACAAGGAGUUGUUGCAACAAGCUGGUGGACUUAUGGCAGAAGUGGCCAAGCACAAGAGCGCUCAUGCCAUCUUGGGUCCAACCACCAAUAUGCAAAGAGGACCAUUGGGAGGUCGUGGGUUCGAGUCUUUUUCUGAAGAUCCUCAUUUGGCUGCAAUGGCUUCGAUUGCAGUGGUGAAAGGAAUCCAGGAGAACGACAUUGCAGCUACAAUCAAACAUUUUGUCUGCAACGACUUGGAGCAUCAGCGCGAGGCUUCCAAUUCCAUUGUGUCCGAGAGAGCCCUCAGAGAAAUCUACUUGGAGCCAUUUCGUUUGGCUGUGAAGCAUGCAAACCCUGCUGCUUUCAUGACCUCCUAUAAUAAGGUCAAUGGAGUUCACGUUUCCCAGCUGCGCAGAUACAUGGAGGAGAUUCUCAGAGGUGAAUGGGGCUGGGAUGGUUUGAUCAUGUCGGACUGGAGUGGUGUCUACACAGACAGAGAUGCUAUCCAGAACGGACUUGACUUGGAGAUGCCUGGCCCUUCACCUUACAGAUCCUUCGCAAGCUUAAACCAGAUGAUUAAGUCACAAGAGCUCAAGAUCAUGGAUUUGGACGCCAGAGUGAAGAAAGUGUUGGAGUUCGUCAAGUGGUGUGCCAGAUCGAACCUCCCAGAAAGAGGACCCGAGGAUGCUGACAACAACACUCCGGAAACUCAAGCAUUGUUGAGGAAGAUCGCUUGCGAAUCCAUUGUGUUGAUGAAAAACGAUGAUGAAGUUCUUCCUCUCAAGAAAUCUGACAAGAUCGCUAUCAUUGGUCCCAAUGCAAAGGUGGCUCAGUACUGUGGAGGAGGUUCUGCUUCUCUAAACUCAUACUACACUACCAACCCAUUUGAGUCAAUUGCUGAGAAGUUGGAAGUUGAACCAAAGUACACCAUUGGAUGUGAAGCUCAUAAGAUGUUGCCACCAUACUCAUUGAGCAAGGGAAUCAAGAAUCCAGAAACAAAGGAGCUCGGCUUCCUUUGUGAGUACUACACUGAGCCAUCUGACUCUUCUACCAGAAAGAAAAUCGAUGAGAAGCAUUUUGACGAAGAAACAUUGUACUUGUUUGAUUACAAGAACGACAAGAUUGUUGGAGGAAAGUUCUGGGUUGACAUUCAGGGUGAAUUUACCCCAGAAGAGGACGCUGAUUAUCAGUUUUCUCUUUUCGUAUGUGGUACUGCGAAGUUGUUCAUUGAUGACGUUUUGGUGGUGGACAACUGGACGGACCAGAAGCGUGGAGAAUUCCUUUUCGGACUUGGAACAAUCGAGGAGAAGAGCACCUUUUCUUUUAAGGCCAACAAGACAUACAAGAUACGUAUCGAGUAUGGGUCUGUGAAGACUUCCAAGAUCAUUGGACCUGCUGAAUUGGGAGGUGUAAUGAGAUUGGGAAUGAAUAAAAUCAUCGAUGGUGGCGAGGAAAUUGCUAGAGCUGCUGAGAUUGCCAAGUCAGUUGACAAGGUCGUUUUGGUGAUUGGCUUGAACAAAGAGUGGGAGUCCGAAGGAUAUGACCGUCCAAACAUGAAAUUGCCAUUGUUGACCGAUGAGCUUGUUAAGGCUGUCGUGAGGGCCAACCCCAACACUGUCAUCGUCAACCAGUCAGGAACUCCAGUGGAGAUGCCUUGGUUAGCAGACGUAAAGUGUUUGGUCCAGGCAUGGUAUGGUGGUAGUGAAGGUGGUAAUGCAAUUGCAGAUGUCUUGUUUGGUGACCACAACCCUAGUGGAAAGCUUUCAUUGUCUUGGCCCCACAAGAACUCCGAUAACCCAGCUUACUUGAACUUCAAAACUGCCAAGGGAAGAGUGUUGUACGGUGAGGACAUCUAUAUCGGGUACAGAUAUUACGAGAAGUUAGAGAAGGAGGUGGCGUUUCCUUUUGGACAUGGCUUAUCGUACACUUUAUUCAGCUAUUCUGAGCUUGAGUCGGGUGUUGACGAGGAAAAGAAUUUGCUUUCUGUUUCUUUCAAAUUGACUAACACUGGUUCCAUUGAUGGCGGCGAAGCUGUGCAGAUUUACCUUUCCCAGGUUGAUCCUACAUUCGACCGUCCCGUUAAGGAGUUGAAGGCAUUCGAAAAAGUGUUUUUAAAGGCUGGAGAAUCUACUAUUGUGAAAACUGAGCUUUCCUUGAAGGAUUCAGUUUCAUAUUUUGAUGAGUACUACGAGAAGUGGAACAUGGAAAAAGGAACUUACCAGGUUUUAGUAGGAGGAAGCUCCCAAGGUAAUUUCUUGACAUCAAACUUUGAUGUCAAGAAGGAGAAGUUGUGGACUGGACUCUAA